AUUAAAACAGAAAAAUGAAAAGAAAAAAAAAAAGCUGCGUCGCAGAGUUUCACAAAUAAAUACAAAAACAAAAAAAAAACCUUUCCAGCUCCCAAACUCCAAAAACAUUCGCCUCAUCGUCUCUGUCUCUCUCUCAUUCUCUCUAUAAUGGCGCAGAUGGAUCCCGAUGCGGUGGCUAAGGCCUUCGUCGAGCACUACUACUCGACCUUCGACAACAACCGUGUCGGCCUCGCCGGUCUCUACCAGGAAGCUUCCAUGCUCACCUUCGAAGGUCAGAAGAUCCUUGGAGUCCAGAACAUCGUCGCCAAGCUCACAUCUCUCCCUUUCCAGCAGUGCAAGCACAACAUCUCCACCGUCGACUGCCAGCCUUCUGGUCCCGCCUCCGGUAUGCUCGUUUUCGUCUCCGGCAACCUCCAGCUCGCCGGCGAGGAGCACGCCCUCAAGUUCAGCCAGAUGUUUCACUUGAUGCCGACGCCACAAGGAAGCUUUUACGUGUUCAACGACAUAUUCAGGUUGAACUACGCUUGAAAAGGAAUCAGCAGAUUGUUAAUUAACCAUACACAUCACUCUUGUAGCAUCUAUCUGAGCAAUCCUUCCAUCAUAUCUCUCUUGUGUUUUUUUUUUCUUUAUUACUUAAGAUGAUUUGUUUUGAGAAAGAGAGGAAGAUUACUGUCUCUCUUGUAUUUGGUUCGAAUGGUUUGUUCAUUUUACAAAUGUAAGAAAUUGUUAAAAACAAAUUUGAAAUGGUUUCCAGUCUCA